AUGUCAUGAGGGAAGUCAACAAUGGGGGAUUUCUUUCCUGUGGUGGAUUGGGAAGGGGAGGUUUUUUGAUGGCUUGGAUUGUGUGUUUGUGCUUGCAUACUGAAAUGUAAGGAUAAGAAUAAUCGGACUCUGACCGCAUUAAACAGCCAAUAGACUUGGACGUGUGGAAAUUAUGCUCAGAAAUAAAUGAUUUUAUCUUAUCCAGGUUUUUGACCGCUGCUGAUUCGUUACUCUGAAAAUAUGACACAUUUUCCUUCCCAGAAAAGUCUCAACCAACCAACACUAACAUCUCUCUUUUUCUUUGUGUUUCAGAUUACACACGGACUCCACCACUAUGGCGCCCUUCCUCCCCCUCCUCCUCCUCCUCCUCUCCUCCUCUUCCUCUGUCCUCUCCAGUGACUGUCCAGAGGAUUGCUCUUGUCAGGCCCAGGGUUCCAUCUUCUGUAUCCAGCGUCGUUCCCCCGUCGUCCCCCGCGACCUCCCUUCCUCUGUGAAACAUCUCUACGUCUUCCAGAACGGCAUCAACACUUUAGCCCAGGAUGACUUCACAGGCCUGGGGGAACUGGAGAUGCUGGACCUGUCCCAGAAUAAACUCACGGAGGUCCCGGAUGGGGUCUUUGAAACGCUAUCUUCGCUGAGGAAUCUCGAUUUGUCCGCAAACUACAUUACCCACAUCGCCAAGGAUAGCUUCUCCGGAUUGAUGCAACUCGAGAGGCUGUAUCUCCACGGCAACCGCAUCAAGAGCAUCCAAUCGGAGGCCUUCGAGGUUCUGGAGGAUCUUCUGGAACUGAAGCUCCAGGGGAACCAGUUGACCGGUCUCCCAAUGCUCCGUCUCCCCAGGCUUCUCCUCCUUGAUCUCAGCUUCAACUCUCUCCCGACGCUGGGUCCCCAAGACCUCCAGACCCCCCACCUCGAGUCGCUCAAAGUGGCUGCGUUGGGGCUCACCACCCUGGACUCAGAUCUGAUGGCCUCCCUGGGGAACCUCCAUGACCUUGAUGUGUCCCAGAACCAGCUGGAGGGGAUGCCUGAAGCAUUGAAGGCCACCCGGGGGCUUAUCAAGCUCAGCCUGGCUGCCAACCCCAUUGGGGAGCUCCGGAACGAGGACUUCCAGAGUCUGGUGGGUCUCCAUGAGCUGGAUCUCAGUGGGCUGAACCUCCAGGGCUUGCCCCAGGGUUUCUUUCAGCUCUUCCCCAGGCUGGGGCACCUCACGGUGGCCGAGAAUCCCUUCAACUGUCUCUGUCCUCUGGCCUGGUUCCCUGGCUGGCUGAAAGAGAAGAAUGUGGAUCUGGGACACACAGAGGAGACAAGGUGCCACUUCCCACCAGUGAAUGCUGGCAAGGUGCUGGCGGAGCUGGACCAUCAAGAUUUCGGCUGUCCACCUACGACCACUGUCAUGACGAAUGCCCUAGGGGAGGGGAGUACUUCCGCACCCCCCAUUCCGACUACAUCCCCUGGAAACACACAUACCAACGCCAUCCCCCCACCUCCGCCAUUCCCUAGUGAUGAACCAUCCUCAACGGAGACAGACAUUGAGAGUCGUCCCCCUCCUCCAGCUUCUCCGACUACCGCUUUCAGGGAUGAGGGCCACAUCUGCCCGCCGAACAUCUGCCUCAAUGGGGGUACGUGCCGCUUCGAUCCUCUGGGACAGCUUGGAUGUCUCUGUCCCCACGGAACUAUGGGCUUGUACUGCGAGAACCUGGAGUCGUAUAACCACAACCAGCCACCUCUCCAAACCUCCGCCCCCGAGGUUUUGGCAUCCAUGGUUGCCCCCAUUGUAACCUCUGAUCCCAAUGACAUCAGUUCCCGUCAGGUGACCUCCACGUCCAUCCUCCUCGACCUGCACCGUUUCCUCGAGACGAGGCCGCACAUCCGCGGGAUUAAGCUGACCUACCGGAACCUCUCAGGGCCCGACCGGCGCCCCAUGUCCCUCAGCGUCCCCGCCUCGUACCCAGAAUACACCCUCCGAGGGCUCCGGCCCAACUGUACCUACUCGGUGUGCGCCAGCCCCCUGGCAGAGAGAGUGAACGGGGGUGGAGGCGGUGGAGGUAGCCCUACCGAGGGAGGGUCUUGUAUGGAGGCUCGUACCGAGGGAGGUCCCCAAGCUUCGUCCUUGGAGCCCCAUGUGGAUGAUCAGAGCCAGCUCACCUACACCCUCAUCCCAGCCUUGGCUGCUCUCGCCCUGGUCACGGGGGUGGCGGUGGUGGCCAUCCUGGUUCUUUUCCUCCGGAGGAGACGGGCUCACAUGGCACUGGAAGGGGGUGAGAUGGGACCAAUGGAACUGGAGGGCCUUAAGGCUUGUCUGGAGAACGGCGUGGGGAACGGGGGCACCCUACCCCACAAGGGAGCGGAUAUCGCCCCCUGUCACACCUCCAUCCCGACCCAGCCACAAAAUGGCGGAUCGUCACAGACCCUUCCACAAAAUGGUGGUUUAGAAUAUGAGGCCCCCCUCAUGAAGGGACAGGGCCACUGUCCAUCGAAUAAUAAUGUGGCAUCCUUGAAGCCAUCGUACUUCUAGAAACUAAGUCUGUUGUCUUCAUGGAUUUCUUAAUAUUUCUCAAUGACACUCAAUGUACUCAAUGACAUUCAGAGCUAUGGAAUGGAACAGAAGUAACUACCCCUGUAGAGGGUAACGUUACGCCCCGUUAUCUCUAAGUGGAUGGGAGGACUCUACCAUUAUGAGGCAGUGAAAGGGGGGUGUUUUAGCUCAUCCAGCAGAGUUCAAGUUGAUAGAAAUGUAACAAGUAUUGAAACCUAAGGUGCAAUCGCCAUGCCAAAAAGGGUCUAUCUUAUAAUCGGACUGAAAACGGAAGUGCCUUCUUGCAUUGACAUGAUAUGCUGUAAUAAUGAUGCUUUUAUUUUUGAAAUGUUGAUGUUUUGAAAAGAGCUGCAUUGAAUGAGUUGCAAUCCUUUUGCUGGAUCAGGAGAUUGGGGGAGCAGGGCUUGUGGAGGUAUGGGGAAGGCACAGAGUCAAGGUUGGUAGGAGGAGAGGUGGGGUGCAGAGGUAGAGAUAGAAACACAGGUGUGUGUGUGCUCUGUAGACUGUUCAGCAUUUCCGGAAAUGAACGAGGCACCCCUCCCCACCUGCCCCCUGGGAGAACUUGCACUGAAGAGAAGAGAAUCUCUCUGCAACAUAGUGAAAUGCUGAUUCUGUAGAGAUGGUACCACGGACAGAAUACAGUUUUAGACGACAUUACCACCAGUCAGAUUUCCCUUCAUCCUGCUACACCCCCCCCCAACGAACUGGUAUUAUCAACCCCCACCAGGGUUGAUCAACUUGCUGUGAAAGGCAUGUAGACUAAAUGGAGAGAAAAGUCAAGGAGACCAUAUUCCCUUUAAGUGUGUAACUUUUGACCCUUCAAAUGUUGACAUUUGAGUCAUUUAGCAGAUGCUGUUAUCCAGAGGGACUUACAGUUGGUGCGUUCAUCUUAACUAGGUGGGACAACCACAUAUCACAGUCGUAGUGAGUACGUUUUUCCUCAAUAAAGAAGGUAUCGGACAAGUCCGUGCUAGUAGGGAAAAAAACUAGAAAAGACUAGUGCUCUGGUCAAAAGUAGUGCACUAUACAGGGAAUAGGGUGUCACAUGGGACGAAGCCUCUGUCCUUAGUGGCGUGGUCAGUAGCUGUGAUGGACGCUAUUUGAAGGUUGUUGUUGUCGAGCGGGUUUCAUAUGAUGUUUUUGUAAUGUGUUUUGUAUGUAUUUUUUUAUGGUGUAUUUCUCUGUUGCUGUCGUGCUGUUUCUCCUGUCUUGUUGUCGUCAGAAAUGUUGAUGCUGUAUUGAGAUGUGCUGUUCCCUCGACAUGGCAAAGGGUCUGGGUCCAUUACAUUCAGAGACUUUACAAUUGAAAGGGUUCAUUUACUUUUAAAGAUGACGUUUCCUUUGUUAAAUAGGUCAUUCCAAAUCACCUGAAUUGACUGAAUUUAGAUUCAAUUUACCCCGACCCAAAACGCUUCACAUUUUGAUCAUGUAGAAAUUGUUCACCAAGUAAAUGUGAAUAAGAAGUGUCAGAAACAGCACAUACUCUGAACUCUAAACUCCCACACUCUUCUUCUUUACUGUCUAAAACUGUCUGCCAACUACAAUAGCCUGCCAAAGCUACAUAAGGACAUGGUUAGCUCCAGAAACACCAAUCCUUGUCCCAAAUGACACCCUAUUCUCUACAUAGCACACUAUUUAUGAACAGAGUCCUAUGGGCCCUGGUCAGAAGUAGUGUACUUUAGAGAAUAGGGUGCCAUUUGGGACACAAACCUAGUCUCUUUUUGAACGCUCAAGCUCCAAAACUGUCCUCCUCUGUCACCGCAAACCCUGAGCCAUUAAAGUGGCACACACACAUGCCGAAAAAAGCACAAGAGUUCAAAGACUUACUAUAUGUGUCGAAGGAGUGGAAACCAGUCAUUUCCUUGACUUGCUACUGACUGUGGCGUUUUGAAGAUAUGGCCGCAGUUAACCAAUGAGAUCAACAGUAUCUUUUUAUUGUUUUAUUCUCUCUCUAUUUUUCUCUUUCUUUGUCUGUUUUUGUCUCUCUCUCUCUCUCUCUCUCUGAAUCUGUUAUUCUCUCUCUCUCCCUGUUCCCCUCUCUCUCUCUCUCUCUCUCUCUCUGACUCUGUUAUUCUCUCUCUCCCUAUUCCCCUCUCUCUCUCUCUCUCUCUCUCUCUCUCUCUCUGACUCUGUUAUUCUCUCUCUCCCUAUUCCCCCCCUCUCUCUCUCUCUCUCUCUCUCUCUCUCUCUCUCUCUCUGACUCUGUUAUUCUCUCUCUCCCUAUUCCCCUCUCUCUCUCUCUCUCUGACUCUGUUAUUCUCUCUCUCCCUAUUCCCCCUCUCUCUCUCUCUCUCUCUCUCUCUCUCUCUCUCUCUGACUCUGUUAUUCUCUCUCUCCCUAUUCCCCCUCUCUCUCUCUCUCUCUCUCUCUCUCUCUGACUCUGUUAUUCUCUCUCUCCCUAUUCCUCUCUCUCUCUCUCUCUCUCUCUCUCUCUGACUCUGUUAUUCUCUCUCUCCCUAUUCCCCUCUCUCUCUCUCUCUCUGACUCUGUUAUUCUCUCUCUCCCUAUUCCCCUCUCUGUCUCUCUCUCUGACUCUGUUAUUCUCUCUCUCCCUAUUCCCCCUCUCUCUCUCUCUCUCUCUCUCUCUCUCUCUCUCUCUCUCUCUCUCUCUCUCUGACUCUGUUAUUCUCUCUCUCCCUAUUCCCCUCUCUCUCUCUCUCUCUGACUCUGUUAUUCUCUCUCUCCCUAUCCCCCCCCUCUCUCUCUCUCUCUCUCUCUCUCUCUCUCUCUCUCUCUCUCUCUCUCUGACUCUGUUAUUCUCUCUCUCCCUAUUCCCCUCUCUCUCUCUCUCUCUGACUCUGUUAUUCUCUCUCUCCCUAUUCCCCCCCCCUCUCUCUCUCUCUCUCUCUCUCUCUCUCUCUGACUCUGUUAUUCUCUCUCUCCCUAUUCCCCCCUCUCUCUCUCUCUCUCUCUCUCUCUGACUCUGUUAUUCUCUCUCUCCCUAUUCCCCUCUCUCUAUCUCUCUCUCUCUCUCUCUGACUCUGUUAUUCUCUCUCUCCCUAUUCCCCUCUCUCUCUCUCUCUCUCUGACUCUGUUAUUCUCUCUCUCCCUAUUCCCCUCUCUCUCUCUCUCUGACUCUGUUAUUCUCUCUCUCCCUAUUCCCCUCUCUCUCUCUCUCUCUGACUCUGUUAUUCUCUCUCUCCCUAUUCCCCUCUCUCUCUCUCUCUGACUCUGUUAUUCUCUCUCCCUAUUCCCUCUCUCUCUCUCUCUCUCUGACUCUGUUAUUCUCUCUCUCCCUAUUCCCCUCUCUCUCUCUCUGACUCUGUUAUUCUCUCUCUCCCUAUUCCCCUCUCUCUCUCUCUCUGACUCUGUUAUUCUCUCUCUCUCUCUCUCUCUCUCUCUCUGACUCUGUUAUUCUCUCUCUCCCUAUUCCCCUCUCUCUCUCUCUCUCUGACUCUGUUAUUCUCUCUCUCCCUAUUCCCCUCUCUCUCUCUCUCUCUCUCUCUCUCUCUGACUCUGUUAUUCUCUCUCUCCCUAUUCCCCUCUCUCUCUCUCUCUGACUCUGUUAUUCUCUCUCUCCCUAUUCCCCUCUCUCUCUCUCUCUGACUCUGUUAUUCUCUCUCUCUCUCUCUCUCUCUCUCUCUCUCUCUCUGACUCUGUUAUUCUCUCUCUCCCUAUUCCCCUCUCUCUCUCUCUCUCUCUGACUCUGUUAUUCUCUCUCUCCCUAUUCCCUCUCUCUCUCUCUCUCUCUCUCUCUCUCUCUCUCUCUGACUCUGUUAUUCUCUAUCUCCCCUCUCUGUCUCUUCUCUCCUUUUCUCUUUAUUCUAUUUUCUUUCUCUCGUUCUCGUUCUCUUUCCUUUUAUUUUUUCUCUCUCUCUUUGUUUCCUUCACCCCUCUCUUUGUCUCGGUCAACAAGGUUCUUGGCCGUGUUUUCGGGCCUGUUUUGCUUGCCUGCAGCCAACUAGACUAUGAAAAGUUCAUACGGAAUGAAAAUCGCGCCGUUCUGAUAUAUUAAUCUUUGUUUCCUGUCUUGGAGAAUGGGAAGUACAAAUGUGUCACCAUUCAAUUUAUUUUUCUGUUUUCUUUCUCUCAUUUUUGUUGAUGUUCUUUUCUUUUCUUGAUACCUCUCUGUCUCGCACUGCCUGUCUCUCUCUCUCUGCCUGUCUGUCUCUCUCUCUGCCUGUCUGUCUUUCGCUCUGCCUGUCUGUCUCUCUCUCUGCCUGUCUCUCUCUCUCUGCCUGUCUGUCUCUCUGCCUGUCUGUCUGUCUCUCUCUGCCUGUCUCUCUCUCUGCCUGUCUAUCUCUCUCUCUGCCUGUCUGUCUCUCUUUGCCUGUCUGUCUCUCUCUAUGCCUGUCUGUCUCUCUCUCUCUGCCUGUCUGUCUCUCUCUCUGCCUGUCUCUCUCUCUCUGCCUGUCUGUCCCUCUCUCUGCCUGUCUGUCUCUCUCUCUCUGCAUGUCUCUCUGCCUGUCUGUCUCUCUCUCUCUCUCUGCCUGUCUCUCUCUCUCUGUCUCUCUCUCUCUCUGCCUGUCUGUCUCUCUCUCUGCCUGUCUCUCUGUCUCUCUCUGUUGUUGUUAUUGUUAUUGUUGUUGUAACACUUACCUUAAGGAACAUGUGUCUAUUUCUGUGACAUACUGUACAAUCUCACUACACCAGUUUGUGUCUUGGUAGAUAGAAAACAGUUUCUCUGUGUGUGUACGUAUGUGUGUAUGUGUGUGUGUGUGUGUACGUGUGUGUGUACGUGUGUGUACGUGUGUGUGUGUACGUGUGUGUGUACGUGUGUGUGUGUGUGUGUGUGUGUGUGUGUGUGUGUACGUGUGUGUGUGUACGUGUGUGUGUGUGUACGUGUGUGUGUGCAAAAAAAGGAGAUUCAAUAUUUGAAUCCAACCCAGGUAUUCAUCCCUGUUCUCCAUCAACCAUCUCAUUUUCUACUGCCUGUCUUCUUUCUCUCCUUGUUUUACUGUCUUUCUUCAGUCAUCCAACAGAAACCAAGAACCAUACGCUCAUAUAUCUGUUCACUAAAACCUAAACUGGAAGAAGAAAUCCUAUACAGCUUUAUAUACUGUAGCACGAGGGACCGGACAUUUUUGAAAUAUUUUCAAUUUGCUUUGUUACGUUCUCUUUUCAGUUUGGGAAAGCCUUUGUCUUAUUAUUUUAAUGUUUUUUUUUCUGUAAAAAAGUGUUUAUGUUUUGGAUAUGAAAUUACAUAAAAAGAUAAUAUGAAAAAAAAAUAUUGGUCAUAUCUUGGUCAGUGACUCCCUAGCCUGGUUUAUACCUUGUUCUAACAUGUGGACUGUGUUCAGAUCAUGCACACGAUUACAAGAAGCAUUGUGAUCUGAUUGUGAUCAGAUCUUAUAAGUGUAAACAGACAAGAUCAGGUCAAGAUCAGAAUGAAGGUCGCAUGUUAACGGCAGGUAUAAACAGGGCUUCUGUCUUUUAGGUUUUUGACACCAUAGACAUAUACAUCAUUGUGUGAGACCAAGUACUACAUACACAUACUACACAUUUAUUACAUCAGUUACUAAAUCCCCUUUAAACUCCUCACAGUAGUCAAUAUGGACCAAACACAUUUACUACUGUACAUACUAUACACUGUACAUACACGUAUUACAUUACUUCACCUCAGGUCCUCAAGCAGACAGUAAAUACUGGUUGAAUGUUACACACAG